CAAAUUACAAGGCACUGUGCCUCAUCUACAGUACAAACGUAUUUCGCCGCCUCGCGCACAACAUUGGUUUUCUAUUUUUCUCUACCAAAUAUAACAUAAAACUUAUAAUUUAUAUCCAAAAAAUGGCCGAAAACAGAGCAUCGAAGUCUGGUUUUGCAGCUGAGGCUCAUAAAAAGAUUAAAAAAAAAUUUGAUUCCCAACUAGCAGGAAGAAUGCUUCAAUGGGUGAAAGAAGUUACAGAUUUAGAUAUUGACACAAAUGGAGAAUGGGAUGAGUUUCACAAAACCUUACAGGAUGGGCAAGUGCUAUGCAGGCUAAUCAACGCCCUUCAGCCCGAAACGAUUCCAGAGAAGAAGAUCAACACUAAUAAAAUGGCCUUUAAGCAAAUGGAAAACAUUAAUCAUUUCUUAGCUGGGGCGCAGAAACUGGGUGUUCCAUCUGAGGAAAUCUUCCAAACCGUUGACUUGUGGGAGAAACAGAAUCUCGCUGCUGUUGUCACGUGUCUAGAAUCCCUUGCAAGAAAAGCUUACAAAUAUGGUCAAAAGUCCCUUGGACCUAAAGAAUCCGAGGCAAAUAUCAGAGAAUGGACAGAAGAACAACUUCAAGCCGGUAAAUCGAUUAUCAGCCUCCAAUACGGCUCUAACAGAGGAGCUAACGCUAGCGGAAUCAACUUUGGUAACACACGUCAUAUGUAAUCAGAAAAAAAAAA